ACACAUUUGUCCACAGACAGAUUUUGUGCGACGCCAUGGAGGAAGGAACAUUCCUUCUGCUGCUGUUCUCAUUACUGGGGACUGCGUCAGCUCUCAGCUUUUAUGGGGACAGUAUCAGUUUUAUGGCACCACAGAAGAAGAGUGAUGGGAAUUUUCAGGUGACCUUUUAUCACAGACAGAACAGCAGGAGCAACUGUCAACAUCAGUCUUCCUUCACGUGUGAGAGUGGGCUGUGCUCGAGCUUUGUUCAGUCCAGCAGCUUUGAAACAGACAUGGACAACACAGGCCAAGGCAGGUGGUGCCAGUCUGAAGGAAGCACAACGGUAACCAUCCCAUCCAGUAACACGUCCGUCUCCCUGCGGGACUCUGGCUGCUGCUGGCAGUCUAACGUCGAAGGAACAACAAACUGGACCACUUCUGCAGAGCUGGACCUGGGAACCCGAUCGGACACACACACUCUUAAUAGCUGCCCCGUGACAACGACAGUGUCCUCUCUAAGGGUGCCUCAGAACUGCUUUUCAAAUAUCCGUCUUCUGGCCCAUGAUCCGGAUGGAGAUCUUGUGAGAUGCUUCUUCAGCCCAGGCGCCCCUGUUCCCUCAAACCUUUCCCUGGAUGAGACCGAGUGCACGCUGACAAGGACGGGUCAAGUUCACACCGGUGUUCAUGUGUUUGAGCUGAUGCUGAAGGACUUCACCACCCAAAACAUCACUUUGACCUACUCAGAUGGGACGUCAGUGCUCCGGGAGGCCUUCAACUUGAACACUCCUCUCUGCAAAGUCAAGCUGCAGUUUUCAUUAGAGAUCCUCCCUCCAAUCCCAAACUGUGAACCCGGUCAUGUGCAGCCCGUGUUCCUGUCCAGCACCCCAUCACAUGGGGAGGUUCUUCACGCCACUGUGGAUACAAGGUUCCAGCUUUUCGCUGAAGCCCAGGCUGGUCAUUCAAUCAUCAACGACUUCCAGGUGAGCGGACCUCAGAACGUGACCAAAGCGUUCUCAGACGGUCCGAACGGGAAAGCCGACGUCACUCUAAGUUGGACUCCACGGCCCGGUGACCUGCACAGAGUUGUUCCACUCUGCUUCACUGCAGAGACAAAUGAAACCCAAUCAGAGAUGAGAUGUGUUGUUGUCGUGGUAACCCAAGCCUCAGUAAUUUCAGGAAAAGCCAUUGUUCUGUGCUCACCCAACAAGAUGACAGUGGUUCUUGACAUAGCUUCCAUGCCUGGCAUCGACGUCAAUUAUCUCAAGCUGAAAGAUCCUUCGUGCUCGCUCACGUCCAACGGCACUCACAUCAUGGGCACCAUGUCAUUCAGCACCUGUGGCACGAGACUUGAGGAAAAAGGCGACUUUAUCGCUUUUCUGAAUGAGAUCAACUCCUUCGAGCUGCCCAACGCAGUCAUAACCCGCAGGAAGACGGUUAAGAUCAGCUUUUCCUGCCAGUUCCCCAAAACCGUCACCAUCUCCAGCUAUUACAACCUCCAAGACUCUGACUACAUCUUCACCGAGUCCAGCUUCGGCAGCUUCGGUUACACCUUUGACAUCUUCCUGGAUGCUAACUUCACGGCGAGGGUGGCGCCCACUGCUUACCCGGUGGAGGUCAGGCUGCUGCAGACCACCUACAUGGGGAUCCAGGCUCGGUCAGAGCUGCCAAGCGUGACCCUGUUCGUUGAGUCAUGUAAAGCCACUCCUGAUGACAACCCCGACAACCCCCUCUACUACGACCUCAUCAGCAACGGAUGUAUUCAAGAUGAAACUCUCAAAAUCUACCCAUCUAACCAAACUGUGUUCAACUUCGGGGUUGAAACCUUCAAGUUCACAGGAAACUAUGAUCAGGUGUACAUCACCUGCUCCGUCAUCCUGUGCGAGACUGGGAAUCCCUUCUCCAGAUGUGCUCAGGGCUGUUUAAAUAAACCAUCCCGCAGACGGAGGAGAGCUCUGAGCAGGGAGACGGCUCCACACAGUAUUACCCAGGGUCCUUUGCGCUUCGCUGGAAAGACUGAUGUUGAUGAUAAACGUGUGCUGAUGAAAAGCAGUGACACAUCAGUGAAUCCUCCAGCAGCGAGUCAAGUCUCAGCUUCUCCUCCAGACACAAACUCCAGAGAGGGAGGUUGGCCAAUCAAGGACAUCCUUAACACCAACAUCAGCACCGCAGCCUUCGGCAGCGCCUUCCUGAUUUCAGUGGUGGUCUUGGCUGUGGUCAUCCGUCACUUCAGCAGGAAGAGAAAAGCAGAAGACCAGAAUGCUCUUAUACCGCAUGCUGAAGACGCUGACUAAGCUUUACUAGUCUCAGUUAUAUGUACGUCGAACCCCAGUCUGGUUUUAAACCGAAGGAACAGUGAACACACUUGUUCCCACAUGUGUCCUUAUUUUGUCUUUCUCUAAAAUCCAAGUUAGAACAAUAUUGCUGAAUACUUAUUGUUGGUUUGUAACUCAAGACAGAAGCUAAAUGUGAGCUGUGUUUGGUUGGUUUCUGUGCUGUUUGUUGCCUGGUCUGUGGAGGAACCAGACACAACCUCAGCCUUGACAAACCAGUUUAAAGCCUUUUCUUCGUUCCUCCCGUCUAGUUUUGCAGGAUGUUUUUAAUGCCAUUGUCUUUUGGUUUGUGAUACUGUAAAAUGUUUCCAUGUUGGGUCAGGCACACAGCAAGGAUUGGCAUUAAAGUAUAGGUCUAGAAAGAAAAAAGGUGUGAAAAAGCAACCAGUGCUUUAGAAAAGCGUCUUAGUUUGCAAAACGUAUAAUAAAAGGAGCUUUUUAAAAUGACUAUUAACAACAUAACAUACAGUAUAAUCAUAUGUUACAUUUUAGCCUAACGGAUAAAUAUAUUCAAUAGUCAAAUCAUCAAAUCACUGGACGUGCAAAUUACAGGAAAAUAAAUAUUUAAUUAUCAAGGCACUAUAAUAAAUGAUGAUUAACAAGU